AUGAAUAUUGGACGACAUUUUCACACUGCAUCUGUAUUAUCAAAUGGAAAAGUGCUAGUUACUGGUGGUAAUUACCAUGAUUAUCCGUAUAAUGCUGAAUUGUAUGAUCCAUCAACAGGUACUUGGACAACUACUGGUAACAUGACCUAUGUACGAUCUCGACACACAGCAUCUGUAUUAUUAAAUGGGAAAGUAUUGAUUACUGGUGGGCACAAUGGUAAUAUUAGUUUAAAUACUGCUAAGCUGUAUAAUCCAUCAACAGGUACUUGGACAACUACUAGUGACAUGAGUUAUGCACGAGAAUAUCACGCAGCAUCUGUAUUAUUAAAUGGAAAAGUAUUAGUUACUGGUGGGCAG